AAAAAGACGAAUGAGUACGCAAAAGUUCGAGAGCAACAGCAGCCCUCAGGCUGCCUGGGACUAUGCUGUACGGAAGGAGAGAGACAUCUUACUAAGGUAUGGAGACGGAGUUACCUCGUUCAUUCACCUGAGGUGCCAAGUACUGGCUCAGUUCACUUCAUCAGCAACCUAACUCAGUCCAGCCAUCCUCAUUUACUUCAUUUCAUUAACUUAAUUUCACUUCACUUCACUUCACCUCCCAUCCGCUCUCUCUCGCAAAAUAAGUUAUUUGAAUAAAACAUUUUAAAUGUAUUAUUCGGGGUUGAAGCUAUUGGUUUAUCCCUGAAAAUCAGCUCUGAUCAAAGCAAGGCUCAGGUCUUGCCUCUUCGCAACGGACAAGCUGCUCCAAUACGUCUCCAUCUUGCACCAAAGAGUUGAUCGACAUGAGUGGCUCCACAACGCCUCGUUUCGGCUACGACGUCCUCUCCGUAUUCGACGUUCCUCCAAACGCCCGAGAUUUCCUCGCCGACGUCAUCGAGUCCAAUCGAGCACCAGAAGAGACCGAAGAGCUUUUCCAAGAGAGCCUGCUAGCACGCGCUGCAGAUUGGCAUUAUCUGAUCGAAUGUGCUAAGUCCAUGCGAAGAGCUCGCCCAGAAGAUAGAAACAGCUUGCAAGCGCAAGACGUCCUUGCAGACGUAUGGUACACGCUGAGCGGGCAGGAUCCUCCACCUGGCGAGGAGCCAUGGGAAUUAACCGACAGGCUUAUUGCUCGGGCUAAACAGCUCGACGUUGACCCCAAAAUCCGACCACCACAUAUCACCGAGCAAAUCGAAAAUCACCGACAACAGUGGCUUGGAUCAAAGGUUUUCCCAAAGACAACGACAUGUCUCACAACAUCCCCUUAUUGGUCUGACCAGCCUCAUGGGAGGCGCCCAGAAGGGAGUAACAACCUUGCGAAAUGGAAAGAUCGAGCAUGCCUCCCUCUAGCUUCCUCACAAGCUCGCGUCUCUGCAAUACUACAUUCACAAACACCCGACAAUGAGACUUAUCAAACUCUGAGUGUUGAUAAGCCUGCUGGUGGGCAGGGUUCCCCGCAAGAAGUCGCUCUGUGCGACAUGACCCUGAUUCUCAAGCCUCAAAGUUCAAUUUCACCAUACUUUGUAGCCACUUCAGCAUCGGACGAGGCUGGCCAAGCCAUUGCACUGGCGCGAAAGCGACCAUUGCGGGGAACUGUUCCUUCAGUCCCCUUCGCGCCUCUCACAUCGCAGGAGUUUGGUCUUAUCCAAGAAAAGUUUGCCCACGAACCAUUCUGGCUCCUCACUGUGGUGACGUUCCUGAUCCGGACUAAGGGCACGCAAGCAAUCCCUACAUUUUAUAAGGUAAAAGAACGAUUUCCUACGCCAACACACAUUGCAAGUGAAGGAAACACCGAACCGCUCGUCGAGAUGAUACGCCAUCUUGGCCUUGCGGAGCACCGUGUAAGUUUGAUGAAGAAGUAUGCUCGGGGCUUCUUGGACCAGCCUCCAGUUGCUGGCAUCUAUCACAAGGUGAAGAAGUAUGACCACAGGGACAUUGACCCACUGAGCCUCUAUCAACAAAAAGGAAGUAGUGCACUGUUGGUGGACAAAGACUCAUAUGGGCAAGAUCUUCUAGAGGCCUGGGAGAUUGGACACCUUACACAAGGCAAGUAUGCUCUAGACAGCUGGCGCAUCUUCUGUCGGGAUGAGCUACUUGGGCGAGCGACGGGCUGGAACGGCGAGGACAGAGAUCCUAAACUUCAGCCUGAAUGGAUGAGGGUUCGUCCAGAUGAUAAAGAAUUAAGGGCAUAUUUGAGAUGGAUGUGGAUGAAGGAGGGCUGGGAAUGGAACCCAGACACAGGUGAGCGUACAGUGCUGUGCGAAGAGUUGCGAAAUGCUGUCAAUGAAGGGAGAGUUGUGUAUGAUGAGAAGGGUGGGUUGAAGAUUCACAAUCUGGCCUAUUCAGCAAACGCCUUGAUAUUAGGGGAGGAAGAAUUGAUGGCUGAGAGCUAAAGGAAAGUCAUUGUUGACUGACCAACCUUGUCCUGCUGCGUUGGUUACUCGUACGAGUAUAUACUUCGUAGGUAGUUGUUGAGUAAACACUAAAGUAAAGGCUAAAAAGAUUCAAAGACAAAAAGUUCAUCCACCUACCAUAGAUUAUGCCUAGGUACCC